GCAGUGUGGGCGGGUUAACGCACGCCGAGGGAGGGGAGAAGAGGGGACGCACACGCUAGUGUAACAUCCCUCCUCAAUCUCUCCUCCACAGCAGAGAAAACAAGGGCACCACUCCACUUGCACACACAAGCUUCCUCUUCGUUCCCCCCUUCCCCGACCUCCAUCCAUCUAACACCACCGGGCGAGCGUUCUAGCCGAGGACGAAGACCUGAACGCGGGGACGAGGCAGGGGCGUGAGCGGUGGAUGCUGUGAGACUUUAAAAAAAAAAAAUUUAAAAACGCUGUGGGUACCGAUCAAGCAUCACUGCUGCAGCCGACAAGAUGGACACAAUGAAAUAUCUCUCCUUCCUCUUCCUUUGCUUGACUUCGGUUGCCAGUGGCAACAAAGCCAAUAAGCACAAGCCAUGGAUCGAGACAGAAUACCAAGGCAUCGUGAUGGAAAACGACAACACGGUCCUCCUCAACCCGCCGCUCUUCGCCCUGGACAAAGACGCUCCCCUCCACUACGCCGGAGAAAUUUGUGGUUUCCGAGUACACAACGGCCCCUCCGGUUCCAGUUCCGUCCAGUUUGAAGCAGUGGUUCUGGAUCGUUCCACCGGUGAGGGUCUGGUGCGCUCCAAGGAGCCUCUGGAUUGCGAGAGCCAGCGGGAACACAGCUUCACUAUCCAGGCUUACGACUGCGGCGAAGGCCCCGACGGUGUCAACAGCAAGAAAUCCCACAAGGCCACCGUGCACGUGCGCGUUAACGACGUCAAUGAGUUCUCCCCCGUGUUUGUGGAGCGUCGCUACGAGGCUUCGGUCCCGGAGGGGCGUCUGUUUGACCGCAUCGUGCGUGUGGAGGCUCUGGAUGCUGACUGCUCUCCGCAGUAUAGCCAGAUUUGUUUCUAUGACAUCAUCACCCCCAACGUGCCCUUUGCUAUCGACAACGACGGUAACAUUAAGAACACAGAGCCUCUGGACUCUAAGCGUCAGCGCGUUCACACCUUCUGGGUGACCGCCUUCGACUGCGGCAAGAACCGCGCUCAGGCUGACGCUCAGGUGGCGGUCACGGUUAAGCCGUCCUGCAAGCCAGGCUGGACAGGUUGGACCAAGCGAGUGGAGUACACGCCUGGCUCGGGUAGCAUCCCGCUCUUCCCUACCUUGCGUCUGGAAAACUGCGAGGAAACCGUGUGGAACAUCCAGGCUACUGUUGAACUUCAGACUGGGCACAUCGGGAAGGGCUGCGACCGCGAUAGCUACUCCGACCGAUCGGUGCGAAGACUUUGCGGUGCCGUCCGCGGCGAGGUGGACCUCCUCCCACCGCCGUCACCCACAGCCAACUGGACGGCAUCCCUUCCUACUCUCCCCUCCUCGGAUUCUUCGCUGGUCUUCUCCUUCAACGGGUCCGGGCACGUGGCGGCUGUGCCGGACGCGGUGGUCUCGGGGCUGUCGGGUGACCAUUUCACCUUGCAGCUGUGGAUGCGCCGGUGGGGCACCAAUGUCCAGGCGGCGGCCACUCAACCUAAAGCCAGUCGCCGGGAGGAGGAGACCAUUGUGUGCAGCACGGUCAAGAAUGACGAUUCAUUCUCCCACUAUUCGCUGUCCGUGCACGGCUGCCGUCUGUCUCUCUUUUACUGGCCCGACGUGUCGGCUGCACGGCCCGUCAAGUUUCUGUGGAAAUUGGAGCAGGUAUGCGACAGCGAGUGGCACCACCUGUCCCUCAGCGUCCAGUUCCCCUCAGUGACUCUUUACGUGGACGGCGUCACCUUUGACCCUGCUCUCAUCCACGACAAUGGCGCUCUUCCCAAUCCGGCCCCGCGCCAGAGGAUGUCCGUUGGCGCUUGUUGGGAGCCGGAGGACAAGCAGAGGGAGAUUGUGAACAACAGCAGCCAAGAAGCGAAAUAUGUGGGCGGUUACCACGGCCUGUUGUCUGGGGUGACGGUGCGGCCGGGAAGCGUGGAGCCGCAUAGUGUGGUGGAGUGUCUGUACGCCUGCAGGGAGGGCUUGGACUUUGGAGACCUGGAGACUCUGGGAUCUGGAAUGAAGGUUCACGUGAACCCCAGCCAGUCCGUGCUAGUCCUGGAGGGGGACGACAUUGAGAGUUUCAACCGAGCCGUGCAGCAGGUGACCUACAGGAACUCCCUCCGCUUCGCCACACCCGGAGUGCGACCCCUCAAACUCACCACCUCGCUCAGAUGUUUCAACGAGGAGAGCUGCCUGUCCCUGAAGCCACUGGAAGGUUACCUGGUGGUCCUCCAGCCCGACGCUCCCCAGAUCUCUCUGUCCGGGGUGGGGCCCCACCUAGCUCGCCCCGCUCCAGAGUUCGAAGGCCCCCGGGGCGUACCGCUUUUCCCCGAGUUGCGGAUCGUCUGCUCUCUGACGCACGCCGUCAACACAGCAGCGCAUGGAAUGGAAGGCGGCGCGUUGAUGUCCGACGCCGUGGCCCACACUUUGGACGGAUGUGAGGUCCAACCUCUAGGCGAGGAACUUGACCUGGAAAGGGAGGAGCUUCUGGUCGAUAUGGAUGUCGUGCGAGAGCGGGGCUUGGAGAUUAUCAACACGACUGCCUACAUUGCCAUCACAGGUGCCGAAUCCAUCUCUGUGUACGAGGACGUUCUUCGUUCAGUCCGUUACCGCAUGUCCAGGAGCUCAUCUCGCUUUGAGCGGCGCUUCCGUCUCUCCUGCUCCGAGAUGAACGGCAGAUACACCAGCAAUGAGUUGACUCUGGAGGUGAAUUUCCUCCACUCCUUGGAAAGCAUGUAUCACCCAUCCCACCUUAUGGCUUCUCAGCAUCAGUUUCUCCAUCAACAUGCGGGCGAGCUCAGUGGACACGCUUUGCCGAGCCUACAUCGCAAUUCAGUGGUUCCCGGGGCAGCCACCAUUAUCAUCAUGGUGUGUGUGGGAUUCCUGGUCGUCAUGGUGAUUCUGGGCAUUUUCCGGAUCCGCUCCAUCCACCGCCGCAGCGAGGAGGCCCGGGAGGCAGCUAAGGAGGGCUGCAGCCAGUGGGACGACUCUGCACUCACAAUCAUCGUCAACCCCAUGGAGUCAUACGAUUCUCGCAUGGGCAUGUCCGCUGACACGGAGGGCGAAGGCGAGGACGAGGAAGACGAGGAAGAAGAGGAGGUGGCCGAAUCGCCCGACAACGCCGGCGACGACCAGCGGAUCAUCUUCAAGAAGGAGGGGCGAGACGGCAACGCACGUCGCUACUGAGCUGCAUGUAACCCCACGUUCCCACGGAAACCAACACUUUUUCGAUCAUGUACGGAAUGUAUACCUGCAAAACACACGACGCACAACGCAUUCGAUGUAAUACUCAGCCACACGACGCCAUACGUGACCUAUAGCCGACGACGGGCGCUCGUUCUCCACUUCGAUGUUCAGCGGCACAAUGUAUACACUCAAUGUAAUUGAACUGCCUGAGCCACGCUAAUGUUUUGUGGCGCACUAGUUCCACAUCACAAGAUGAUGAUAAUAAUAAUAAUAAUAACGUGUCUGUAUAGUGUGAUGCUGGAUGAAUGAGGCUGCUUUGUUAGGAAAAAAACACCAAUUGAUUGUAUUGUAUUUUGUUAUUGAACACACAGUUGAGUCCUUGCUUGAAUUAGUGGGCAAAGGCACUGAUUGAUCCCCACUCGCCGACGCACACAUACACACUCAUUAGACUUAACCGCAAAGUCUGCGCACAAGCUGUCUCCUCUUUUUUUGCGACUUCGCUCAAAACAUUCCACGACAAGCAUUGUUUUGUAAGACUUUCAUCUGUGAAGAAGAGAAGAAAAAAAGUACUACCACCCCAAUACAUUACAGUGUUAUGGGAAUGAAGCUGGAUUUUUACGGAAAAAAUAGCUGUAGAUUUACUAGGAUAGUCAUUAUUCCAGAGAAAAUAGCAACUUUUAAGUUACAAUUGUGGUCAUUUUAUGAGAAUACAACAAAAAAGGAAAAGGAGAAAGUAGUGAUAUAGCGGGAUUGCGAUAUUUAAUGAGAAAAUUGUUGCCGUUUGAUGAGAAUUAAAUAGUUAUAAUCAGAAAAAAAUUGGGAAAAAUUCAGUUUUAGAAGAAAAACUUGUCAAAAUUUGGAAUAGAUUUGUAGUUUUGUUAUUUGUUAUAUUGCAGUUAUGUUAUUUGUUUAUCUAUUGGGUAAUUUGUUUUUACCUCUCACUAAAUUAUGUUUUAACAGUUUUUUUUUUUUGUUAUUGUUAUUGUUGUCUUGCUAUUUUUUUAUGUACGGUAAUAUAAAUUUCCCCAAAAACCUUAAACAAACAAAAAAAAAAAAAACUCAAUAAACAAUGUAAUUUUCCCAAUAUAAUGACUUCUCCUUCACAAUAUUUAUACUUAAUACCGGUACUAAUAAAUUAGAAUAAAAUCAUGCUUAAUUUUUACAGUAUUGCCAGUUUCUUUUUUUUUUUUUUUUUUUUUUUUUACAUAACAGCUUAAUUCUCAUAGCAUUAGGUAGCAUUAGACUUUUUGUUUGAUAUUUUUUUCCCCUCAAAUGCCAACGUUAUUUUUGCCACCAUGACGACUUUUCCUUACAAUAUUUAUACUUAUUUCGCAUGAAUUAGAAAAUACCUACUGUAAUUUCCGGACUAUAAGCCGCUACUUUUUCCCUUCAUUUUUAAUCCUGUGGCUUGUAGUCCAGUGCAUCUUAUUUUUUGCCUCCUAGCAUGCAUUGCAGCGCUACAGAUGUAAAUAACAAUCAAAAUUCAUGUUCUGGGCUAAUUAUUUAUUCAGUUACUGUUCUAGUUUUUUCAUUAAUUGCUAGUUAUGGUAUUUGGUAACACUUUAUUUGACAGCGGCGUCACAAAACUGUCAUAAGACAGUCAUAAUUAUGAAACUAUCAUUUAAAUCUCUACCGCUGCAAUACAUGCUAGGAGGCAUGUUGGACAACAACGGUGUUGACAGCAGAUGGCAGCAGAGGUUGACUGUCUCCCCUAAGGGAGCAGUGAUGGCCAAAUGAAGCUUCUUGAAGCAAUAAAGCUUUGCAGCCAAUUGAUUCAAAGCUUCAUGGUGGUUCAUUUGGUCUUAUGAUAGUCGUAUGAUGCCGCUGUCAAAUAAAGUGUUACCGGUUAAUGUCUUUUGUGUAGAUAUCCCAUGAUACAGUGAGGAGAGCUGCGGCUUAUAGCCCAGUGCGGCUUAUCUAUGAACAAAUGUCAUUUUUGUGUCAAAUUUGGUGGGUGGCGGCUUAUAGUCAGAUGCGCCUUAUAGUGCGAAAAUUACUGUAUUGCCACAUUUUAUUGAAUACAAUUACAUCUUAAUUUCCAAAAACUAGGACUUAUUUUUGUAAUAUUAUGACUCAAUAAUACAAAGUUCUUUCUCAUGAUAUUACAAAAUUGUGUUAAUAGUAUAUGACUUCACUCUUGUUGUUUCUUAAAAUGAAAAAAUACUUAAUUUUCAACUCGGUAUAUUUAAAAUACAAUAAUUUUUCUCUUGGCGAUUUCUCACUUUUCUCCGUUUUAGAAUCCCUAAUGCAUCUCACAUUGACGUCUGGAAUGUCACUACUUUCUACAAACACACACUUGAUGCCACAUACACACACUACAACGCUUCCCCCCGCUGUCCCCGGAAUGUCAGCUCAGCUUGGGCAGUUUUGACUGUAUUGAUUGUAUUGAAUUUUCUGUACAUAGAAUGAGAAAUAUUAUUAUCAAUUAUUAUUCUUGCAGCCACUUUUUCAGCACACUUAAAGAGAGAGCCGACUGUAAUUUCCUUGGUUUUGUUAAAGGCCUACUCCAGUAUCGAGAAAACCGUAGGAAAAUAAUACUUGUAAUCGUGGUGAGGAUGAUAACUGGCUUGAUGAGUGUCUCUUACUUUUGUGUGUAAUAAUGUUGUAAUUUAAGAACUUGUCAAUAUAGGAAUCACAAAGAAAAAAGGGACACAACUGUACAUAAACGUGGCAUCACUUUCGCAUUCUUUAUAUCGAUACUAUUCUAUUUCUUCCAUCUGAUAUUUCAGUUAAGUGAAUGUACAACUUGUGCUUCCCUUCACCUCUGACCCCUCACCUCAGUGUCUCUUGCUGUCCGUCUGUGUAGCCUAUCAAUGUGCAGUGCUAAGACGAAAAAACAUGUCUGUAUCUUAAAAAAAACGUCCAUUCUUAAAAAAAAAAAAAAAAAAGCUUGUUUGUUUUGGGGGAGUAUGUUGUCACAAAGGAGGGUAAACAUUGCAUUGAAUGACUUCUAUUAUAUUGUAUUACACUCACUACUGGAACAUUACCUGUAAUUAAUGAUACAGCAAUGAUGAGAAUUGUUCCUGAGAGAAAAAUGUUGGAAGAUGUGACAAAAUUCAUAAUAAAAACAAUAUAUGACGUCUCCACGAGAAGCAUUUUU